AUGCUUGCGGAGGUUUCUUCUCGUCUUCCUAUUGACGACAAUUCGGAAUCUACUCAGACUAACGAUGAUCCCUUAUUUCGCCUGCUCAUUCGUUCAUGUCUUUGGCCCGGACUUCUUCGAGCUAUAAGACUAUGUUACGGCUCACACCGAUUACACAUACUCCGCCUUCUUAAAGGGUUCAUUCGCACUUUCCUUCAACCUCGGCUCGGACCUGCAGCUUGGUUUGCUCCACUCACUCUUCUCGCACACGCAUCUGAGCCAAGCCAAUGUUUUUAUUCUUGUCUAGAAAGCGGUACUCUCAAUCGCCAAGUUGCAGCAAUGCAUCACCUAGCUCUCUUUUUGCGGAAUCCUGCUACUUUUCAUCCACAGCGUCGGCUUUCAAGGUUUAUAGCCCUUAGUAUGGGUCCCGGUGCAACAGGAUUUAUAUUGCCUCAGCCUCAUCUUCGUGGAUUGAUUCAACCCAUUAUAUUUUUCUAUUUAAACGCCGCUUUGCGGUCUAGUCCAAAUGAUUCAGGAAUAGAUCAGCGCACUGAGUUGCAACGUUCCCGUCUUUUGGACCAUUGCAUCGAAGCUUUAGGUUCUCUGGCUUCUCAUCUCACUUGGCCUGGCUAUCACGAGCUAUUGUCGACCUAUACAUGUCGUCUUACUGCCCCAGACACGAAAAAUAUUAGUCUGGCUGUGCGUUGUGUGGUGAUCUUGCUUGAUAAUUUUCAGUCUCCCAUCUGGAGCCAGGACCAGGCAAAGCCGGCUCUCAAAAAUUCGCAAAUUCUCUCUAAAACCUCUUCCUUUUUCAGUUCGGACAUAAAAGAGCAUAAAGAGCUCCAUGAUAUUUCAGACCUCAAGGAGUUGAUCAUAGAUGAUGUACCCGAACAAGAAAGUGAGGAAAGAGAUCUUAACUAUUCGGAUAAUGAUGACUCGGACGUUAGUGAAGAUUUAAUUUGCCAUACAGAUACUGAGAAAACAUCAACACAUAAUGUGAGAAUGUCAAACUCUGGUGAAAUUCUGUCGCACAUUUUGGACAUAUGCAAACGACUACAACAUUUUCUUUCAAGCCGACGUCGUCUAGUACCACAUACGUCCGGAGAGGCAUACAUACGCAAGAACACUCCAUCCAACCCUCACAUUGGCCUUGCAGUAUCUCUAGUCGCUCUUCUGCGUCGCCUCCCCAAAGGCUAUCUUGAAUCUCGAUUGCCCACAUUACUCCUGCGCAUCAUUGAGGAUCUGCGUCCAAAUCGCAACUCGUUAGUUGCAGAACGCCGAGAUGCCAGCCAAACAUUGUGUCGCCUUGCGCGCAUGCUCGGUCCAGGAAUUUGCCUUGAUCGUAUCUUUCAACUUAUGGAGCAUCAACUAUGUCGGGGCUAUGCUGCGAAACAAGUGCGUCUCUUUGUGUUGCAUCGAUGCUUAGCCGAGGUGGAGAUAGGCGUUAAUUCGGGAAAUUAUAGAUUCGAACCCGGACAAUUAGAUUUUGUGGGAGCCCUGAUGAGUCGGCUUUACUUUGAUGAAGCUGCUGGUGAAUUAGGCGAAGAGAUGGAUUCGCGACGCGUCGCUGGACAAUCUACAACGAGUAUUGCCCCACGACGAGGAGAAUUUAAUGAAGAUGCUCGUUUCACCGAGCUCGGUGGAAUAAAUACAGCAGAGCUCCCAGAGGCUCGUGGUUUUAAAGCACCCGAGGGGUUAUCUCGUCUUGUGCGGCUUCUUUCCCCCAAAGGAUUAGAAUCUCUAUUCCUAAACCUUGAGAAAGUGACUAUUUCUGCUGCCAGAGGACUUCCAUCUGUUGACGAUUAUUCCUGCAAAUCUAAAAACUCGACGGAAACAUUUUUCGUUCCACUGCGCUUUAGAAAACGCGCUUUAACUCGCCUCGAGGUUGUGCUUGAGCACCUGCCAACUCGGCGAGGCUGUUUAGUGGACAGGCAUGUUGGCGGUGUAACGCCUUUGUUCCUGGCGUGUCAAGCAGAACGAUUGGCCAAGUCUCAUCUUAAGGGAUUACUUCCGACAAAUCUAGAUAAUGAUACACCUAUGAAUGGGCAUCUUCAAGAUCGAUCAAAUGGUCAUGGAUGGGUUGGUCCACGAUCAAAUCUGCUUGCCCCUCGUUGGGACUACCUCACUAUCCAGCCAGAUCCCGGUCAAGAGAAUUUGCAAAAAUCUGGCCCACUCAGCAAUAUUUUUAAAAGUCAGUCACAUCUUUUGGUUAGAUUUGGCCUGGUUCUUUUCUAUGGGUUGAUUCGUUUACGCCGACUUUCGGGUAAACAAUCUGAACAUUUGCAUCUUAUUGGUCGCACUUUACCUCUCCUACUAGAAUGUUUAAAAACAAGCUACGUUCGUGUGUUGGGCUGUGCUAUACGCUGUCUUCAUCUUAUUUUCAUCCUCGUAUCCCGCAGGCAAAGCACACCAAGUCAGAAGUCAAAUAUCAGGAAUUUUUUAGAUCUGACUCCUUUAAAGGAAGCACUUGUCUCUAAUGGAACUGAUCUCGAUUCUUGGCUACAAAGGGCUGGGGAUGAGCUGUUUCGUCUUCUUGGUAGUCACGCAGGUCUUAUGUCAACUAAAACAGCUGCCAAAGAUCCGGCUACUCAACUUUUUGCUAGCUCGCUCUUCUCCUCCCUCGCUUCAUUUCUCCGCCACCAACCUGCCACUGGUUCUGGUAUAUCCUAUCACCUAUCAUCUUCCCAGCUCGCUUGUCUUUUUAACUCUGUUGAUUUAGAAAUCUCACGGCAAGCCUCCGUAGCACCUGCACUAUCAUUGCUUCUUGCUAUUCUACAGUUGCGGCUUCGGGACAGCGUCGUUCGUGAGCAGACCGAGGUUCAAUUUGCUGCAUUGGCUGAUAUUAGAAAGCCAAAAGACGUCGAGACUGCUUCUGUCGUUCCUUUGUUAAGCGCAAAGGAUCUGGUUAUAGAGAAGAUAGAGGAGUUGACUGCAGUUCAGAAAAAGAGCACACCAAUUUUUAAAGGAGAGGAAAAUCAUGGUGGAAUCGAGAAGAGUGUUCGACUCAUUGGCCUAGUGGAGAAGCUCAAGGAAUUAGCCAUUAACUCUCCCAGUGAAUCGGUACGGGCCAGUUCUAGACACUGUCUACUAGCCUUCCUGUUUAACUAUUCACACAGAGCUGACUAUUUGCACGAAUUCGUUGGUUUCUUUCUUGCUCAGAUUGAACACAAAAAGCCCGCAGCUCGCCUCUCCACAGUGGCUUUUCUCACUGGCUUAAUCUCUGAACUUCCUGUAUCUCGAUUAUUGAGUAAUUCUUUGCAUGAGACUUUGUUUCUCACUAUUUCUGCUGGGAUAAUUAGAGAUGGAAAUCGUCCAAUUAGGGCAGGUCUUCUUGCUAUCAUAAGGCUGUUAUUCGUUCGUCUUCCACCCCAAGUGGCAGACAAUCUUUUUCAAGAGUUCAUUAUCCCGUUCUGUCUGACAAAAAAGGACAAGUCGCAGGCUUCGCGACUUCUUGGCUUACAGUUGGUCUCUGUCGUUCUCGAUGCCCAGUCUGUUUUGGCUCUUGAUUGUCUUCGUGAUAAGCUCAUUAACAUUCUUGCAAUCGAGAUAAUUCCAAUGGCUGCUCAAAUCCUACAAGCUAUUACUGUGACUCAGCCAUCUCGUUACAUUCAGGAUGUCGGACAUGCUGAACUGCUC